UUGGUAGCAAAGUCUAGAAGAUACUCGAAGCAAUAUUAUUGUAUCUUCCCAAACUUCCGUCGAGAAUCAUCUCGAAUCUCUCACAUUCUUCUAGAAUUUCACCACUUUAUUAUAUAAAAACCUUUAACUUGCCAAUUUCAUUCAAAUCACAAAUCACAAAUCACAAACCAAACCAGAAAAAAAUCACAAAUCACAAACCAAACCACAAAUCACAAUCUUGACUCAACUAUAAGGAUGGAUUCUCCAUAUUUCCAACCAUACUUCCAUUCUUCCUCACCUUCACCGUACCGCCGUGGUACUGCACACAUGAGAUCACCAUACAAUCACACUCCAACGGAGCCGUCUCGUCCAAAGAAGGUAAUUUCAAUUCCUGUACACUCUGUUGAUUCGGAGAUGAAGACCUACAGAUCAGCGGUGAAGAUCCAGAAAGCUUUUCGAGGGUUUUGGGUCAGGAAAACCGUGAAGAAGAUUCUAGAAUUGAAGCGACAGGUUGAUGAUGUGGAGAAGAAGCUUCACGACAGAGGAACUAUGGUGUUGAUUAAGAAAGAUGGUGUAGAAAGGUUGAAGGUUAAUGAGGGUUUAAUGAGUUUGUUAUUAAAGCUUGAUUCUGUUCGAGGUAUUGAUGGUGGUGUCAGGGAGUUGCGUAAGGGGGUGAUUAAGAAGGCGAUCAUGUUGCAGGAGUUGAUCGAUUCUUUGAUAAAUGAUGAAAAUAUCGGUGAUGAUAAUGGUGAAACCCUAGGAAAUUCGGGUGAAAAUAUUGAUAAUUCUGCGGAAACUAGUAGUGAAACCCUAGAAAAAUCUGAAGAGGACGCUGAUAAUUUGUUGGAGAAUUCUGAUGAUUCGAGUAAAAUGCAAGUGGAAAAUUCUCGAGAAUUCGACAAUAAAACCCUAGAAAGAGAUGGAAUAAAUGAAGAAUUAGAUUGUGCAAACUCAAUGCAAAUUGAGUCUCAUCCUUCUCGUGCUGAAUCCCGGGAAUGUGUUGUUGAUGAAACAGUGGAACAAAACUCCGAAUUAACUGAAGCAAGCAAAGAAGAAGAAAACCAUGGAGUUCAUGAAAAUUGUGAAGCUGGAGAAGGAAAUACCAUGAAUGAAUCCAUGGAUGAACAAUGGCUUAUUAUAAGUGAUCAUAAAGAGGAGAAAGAUAAGAAGGAGAAAUUGUUAGAGAAAAUGGCGGAAGAUAAUCAAAAGUUGAUGACAAUGAUGGAGGAUUUGUGCAAGAAAAAUUCUUUGCAGACUAAAUUGAUUUUUUCAUUGUCACAGAGGGUUGAUCAAUUGGAGAAGGCUAUGAAUGAUAGGUUAAGGAAGAAAAAGAAGUCUAAUGUACCUCCUAAUUAAUUUUUUUGGUUUUUGAGUAUUAUUGUCAAUUGGUUCUUUAUCUAGGGUUUUUGGUGAGAUUUGGUAAAUUGGGUUUUGAUUAGUAUGUAUAAUUGUUCUUGCUAACUUGGGUCGUAUUUUGGGUUGAUUACUUAAUUGUAAAGACCAAAAUUUGAUGGGUAGUUUCGUGAAUAAAUAUGGUUUUUGAUUUGCAAAAUUUGCUUGUUAUAUAUAACUUGUUUGUGUUAUUGUUUGUCUUGAAUUGG